AUGAUUGGCAAGGCCCCGGCAGUGUUCCCUGCGGUCACUUUCCGCAACGUCACGGUGCAGGUGCACUUUGGCGUGGCUCCUUUGAGGCCGCUGCCGUUCAAGUGCCACACCUGGCAGGAGGUGCAGAAAGCGCAUAGCGAGGUCAAGACGUCACCUGCGCCCAAAGAUGGCAAGUACCAGGUGCUUUUGCCAGUGGGCCUCCCGGAUGAAGCCACCUUCGACUGGGUGGACCAGUUCUUGUCCAAGAACAAGAACUACACGGAGAUUAGUGACCGCUCGAUCCUGGAUUGGGCUAACAGAAGCGGUCUACAGCGCUCCGGGGGCUACUUCAAGAGGAGCUCCCAUGACCAUCCGGAGAUGCACUUUGGCCUGCCGCUGAUGGAUGACUACAGCGUUAGCAAGGUCCUCAAAGCCUUCGCCACAGUUUUGCCUCGGAACUUCAUCAUUGCAGAGGUGAAGAACAACCUCUUGGCUGAGGAGCGACAGAAGACCCUGUCGCGCUUUCCCAGCCACUGCUACACAAAGGAAGUGCGAGUACUGGUGGGCGAGCCCGCAGCGGAUUACAAGACUUUCAUUCAGGAG